UCGAACUGACCUACGAGUAUCCAACGUGCAAUUUGUGAAACGCAAUGCCAUAGGUUAUUUUAACGCGCCUUAAAGUAAAAUAACCAAUAGAGUCGCGCUUUACUACAAAGACCUUAGAGUAGAGUUCACUCCGCGGGAGUACUUCACUAUGGUCACGAUGUCUUGAAAUGAUCAUUUGGUUAGUGUGAUGGUUGACAACAACGAUGUUACUUUAUGUUUACCGCCGAUUAAUCGUUAUCGGUGGCCUAUUGUUUUUAUCUCUAUGGUAUUUAUCGACUUUCAUGUACAGUCUGAUUGCGAUUGGUGUGUAUAUUUCGGGUAUAACGAUAUAUGUUCGACGAAGGAGUCGAAAGGAGUCCACACGCCAAUUAGGCUUAGCUCGAUAUCAGAAAAGGUCGAAACAGAAGUUUGUUCAGAAUCAAAAAGUCGAUCUAAAUCACUCGAAUUCCAAUGAUUAUUAUAAUCAUAAGGAAAUAGACGAUAAAGUAAAGCACAGAAAUGUACAGCAUUCGUUAAGUAAUUCAGAAGAAGUAGGUUCAACGAAAACAAAAUAUUCAUUUAAUAAUUUUAGAUAUAAAGCACCAGCAUUAGAAAAUGCAUUGAGGAUGACAUUAACUGCAAGAAGAAGAUAUCCAACUCAUCAAGAGCGUUAUUCGUUGAUCGGACAGUUUCCAAUUGUUCAACUUAGUAAAGAAUCGCUUCCAGUUUUAAAAAAUUACAACACUUCCAUGAUGUCCAAUCAGAUCACAGUUAAAAUAGCACCUCCAGAUAAUUUUAAACCAUCUUUUUCAAGAUGGAAAUUUAUAUAUUCAUUGCCAGAUAAAGAGAAAACAAAAAAUGAUCCGUGUGAUGCCAGAACUGUAAUAGCUGCUUUAAAAGAAACAAGGUAUUGCUAUAUAAAUUCUGUUUGUUUUAUUUUAUUAAUUAUUUGCACCGGUACUUAUAACAAAGAGAAAGAUUAA